CUGUUAAGUAGGUGUGGCUUAACAAAACAUAUGGCGGCUUUAACGUUUGAUGCAGUUGUGACAAGAAGCAAAGCAGACUCAGCCGAGAAUGUUAGGAGCUUACAAUGUUGGGCCAUGAAACUCAGUGAUGUUAGUAUUUUGCCGCAGUUUAAAAAUUUGGAAGUUUUGAAUUUGAGCUGUAACAACAUCACGUCCUUGCAACCAAUUGGACAAUGCAAAAACCUUUCUCAACUCUAUCUUCGUAAGAACAAUAUUUUCCGUUUCGAAGAACUUGAUCACCUUAAAGACCUUCGAAAUCUUCAAAGUGUUUGGCUAUCCGGGAACCCGAUCUCUUCUAUUGAAAACUAUCGUCUGAAAGUUCUCUCAAUCUUACCUCAGAUCGAGAGACUCGAUGAAGAAAUUGUAACUGAGGAAGAAAGAAAAGUUUGUUCCUCUUCUGUCAUGAAAUUUAUCGAGGAAGAGCAAGGGAACAAAGUUGCUGUUGAUUAUAACCAACAACAGAUACUAAAAGCUGUAUUUUCUUUAUUGCCACUUCUUUCUCAUUCAAAUUUAGCUCGACUCCAUGAAGCAGUCCAGAAUAGAAUUAGGGAGUUGUCUGCCAACAGUAAUACUGAUGAAGAAUAAUUAUAAACAUUAUUAUUAUUAAUGAAAUACUAAUUAUUAUUAUACUUUCAAUAAUUGACACAUUCACACCUUUA